CCUUAUCCUCUUCCCUCGCUCGAAACACAUCAUCGUCUUCCCUCCACACGCGCAUCGCCGGACAGACACAAGCUUACCUCCCGCCCGCCCCAAUGGAGGCCGUCCUACGACAUCCAUCCCUCUCCCGCCUCAAACCCCCGAACCCCAACGCUCACAGACCCACAUCCCUCUCCACCACCGUCCCUCCCCGUCCCCGAUUUCCCAAGCGCCGCCUCGUCGCCGCCACCGCGGUGUUCCAGGACCAGAGCAACCCGAGAACCGCAGCAAAGGGUGGCGAUGGUGAACAAGACGAGGAGGAAGAAGAGGGGUACGGGGAGGUGGACCGCAUCGUGUCCAGCCGCACCGUGAAGAACCCGGUGUUCGCGGACGACGGCGGCGGCACGGCGGUGACGACCGCGACGGAGUACCUGGUGGAGUGGAAGGACGGGCACGAGCCGACGUGGAUCCCCGCGGAGGCGAUAGCGGCGGACGUGGUGGCGGAGUACGAGACGCCGUGGUGGGACGCCGCGAAGAAGGCCGACGCGGAUGCGCUGCGCGCGCUGCUGUCCGACGAGGCGGAGCCGCUGCGGCGGGACCCGGACGCGGAGGACGCGCAGGGGCGCACCGCGGCGCACUUCGCGGCCGGGAUGGGGUCCGAGGAGUGCCUGCGCGCGCUGGCGGCGGCCGGGGCCGACAUGGGCCGGGCCGAGCGGGCCGGCGGCGGGCUGACCCCGCUGCACAUCGCGGCGGGCUACGGGCGGGCCUCCGGGGUGCGGGCCCUGCUGGACCUCGGCGCCGACCCGGAGGCUCCCGACGAGAAGGGCCGCACGCCGCUGGAUCUGGCCCGCGAGGUGCUCGCGAAAACGCCCGGGGCGGCGGUCGAGCGGCGGCAGGCGCUGGAGGCGGCGGCGAAGGAGGUGGAGAAGGCCGUGUACGAGUGGGGCGAGGUGGAGAAGGUGGUGGACGGCCGCGGGGAAGGGAAAUGGCGGGAGUACCUCGUGGAGUGGAGCGACGGCGGGGACAGGGAGUGGGUGAAGGCGCCGUGGGUGGCGGAGGAUUUGGUGCGGGACUUCGAGGCCGGGCUCGAGUACGGCGUCGCCGAGGCCGUCGUGGACAGGAGGCCGGCCGCCGGCGCCGGGGAAGACGGGGGGAAGUGGGAGUACCUCGUCAAGUGGGUGGAUAUUGAGGAGGCGACGUGGGAGCCCGCGGAGAACGUGGACGACGAGCUCGUGCAGGAGUUCGAGCGGCGGCUGUCGGGAGCGGGGACUGGUGGUGGUUCCUCGCCGCCGGCGGAGACGACGGUCGCCGGUUGACGGCGGCUGCUGCUGCUACCUGCUGCCGCGCUCGAUUCGCGAUCUCUGGUUUUGUCGUGUCGGUCGAUCGAUUGCCGAAUGUGUCAUUAGCAAUUGGAGAGCUUUUUAUUGUGAUUAAUUAGUCUCUUUUUACGCUGUAACGUUUACACAUUGCGGUUGAUGAAUCCAACGAACCCAACCUGUUUCUGUAAA